AUGUGUGCCGUUGAUGCUAGUUGCGGCGCGCUUGGCUGGCAACCUCAUAUUGUGGCUGUGAGGAUAGGUUUGAUUCAAGAAUCCACACAGCGUGCUCUAGCCGAAUUGCUGUCAACACAAAAUGCGGCCACUUUUCCUCAAGGGAGACAUAUCAUGGAACCACUAGAUAUGGGUAGUUCUUGCUAUACCUUGCCGUCUCCUGAAAGCGAUGCCUUUGUUGGUACGGAAAAAAAGAAGUUGAAGAUUCAUACUCGCUUUUCUGUUUCCGGUGUGGAUCUCCUGGGUGUUCCUAUCGGAGAUUAUGAGAGCGCCGACUCCAAAGGCGCUAUCUCCGUUCAUUGGAUCUAUUAUACUAGGUACGAUUUGUAG